AUGGCAUUCCUUCUAGACCGCGCCUUGCGGUUGCAGACUACAGCGACCGUCUCCUCGCCGCUCUCCGUCCUUCUCUUCUUCUCUGGGCUCUUCCUGGGCACGGCGCUCGGCGCACUCCAUCCCCUCGGCCAGAGUGCCUCGCGAAGGGCUUCGCCCGGCGGCCCUCUCGCGUGUCUGCUCUCUGCGCUGCGGUGCUUUUGGCUGUCGCUGGUGGGUCGACUGACCCCCUCCGGGCCCCUGGCUGCUCCCCCGGCGCCUUCGCGGUCUCUCGCCUCUUCCGAGGCGGACGUGUGCGAAGAACCGGAGCGGCGGCGCCCUGGCGCGAACGCGGAGGUCGGCGACGCAGAGGCCGGCGAGCGAGACAGAGCGCUUUCGAACGGAUGGAUUCGCGAGGGCGGCUCGCCCUCUUCGCCGCCGUCGUCGCUGCCUUCCCCGGCAGCCUCGGGCGCCAGCGUCCUCGCCGACGAACCCGCGGGGACUGCCGGCAGCGGAGACAGCUGGGUCGACGUCGGCAGCCUCGACGGGCGCGCGGCGGCUGAGCAGAACGUGCCGCGACACGCGAGAGUGGCCGAGAGUGGCGAAGCGGCCGGCGCCGUCAAUCGGCGCGAGAGGGAAGCGGCUGCGUCUGUCUCUCUCCAUCCUCUGUCUCCGUGCUUGGCGUUGUCCGUGGAGCGACCCGCUCCGCCGAGUGCGCUUCCGCGCCCGUGCCUUCCGCCUCGCUCGCACUUGUUUGGCAGCGGCCCUCUCCGCGCGCUGUGCUGCCGUUCACGCUCGGUGCUGUCGGCUGUUCUCGGUCGGCUGUCGCGCGGGACUCCGAGGGAGCAAGGCGAGCUGCGCUCCCGCUUCGGCUUCCGCCUCCGCGCUGACUGGUGGAACGAAACCGCCGAAUACGCGCACCGAUACAGUCGGCAGUUCCUCCUGUCUAACUGGGGGCUCGGCGCGCAGGCGCGGAUCCGUCAAAGCGCCGUCCUCGUCGUCGGAUGCGGAGGACUUGGGUGCCCUGCGGCGCUCUACCUAUGCGCAGCGGGAAUCGGCCGACUCGGUCUCGUCGACGGAGACGACGUCGAAGUCUCCAAUCUGCAGCGGCAGGUUGCUCACACAGAAGCUAGGGCAGAGUCGAAGAAGGUCCACUCUCUCCGGGACUCCUGCCGGGCCGUGAACUCCCAGAUAGCUAUUGAGGCAUUUCCGUUCCAUGUCUCGUGGGAGAACGCGUUGGACUUAGUCAGCCGCUUUGACGUUGUCGUCGACGCGACCGACAAUCAGCCCACGAGGUUCCUUCUCAACGACGCUUGCCUGCUCGCAGGCAAGCCUCUCGUCUGCGGUAGCGCGCUCCGCUGGGAAGGUCAACUCUGCGUCUAUAACCUCUCGUCUUUCCGCCAUUCCGCAGCGGGCGCAUCUACGCCUUCGUCAUCCGUUGCUUUCGCCCCUUCUGUUUCCUCGCCGUGCUACCGCUGCCUGCACCCGUCGCCCUCGGUCGACUCCGAGGCCGGCGCGUGUGACGUGCAUGGCGUCAUGGGCCCUGCGCCGGGACUCAUUGGCGUCCUUCAAGCCUUGGAGGUUCUCAAAAUCUGCGGGGGCCUUCGCCGCGCCGAGGACGAAGAGCGUCUGUUGGUCUUUGACGCUCUCGAUGUCGACCGCCCCGUUCGCACGUUUCGCUUGAGACGGAAACGUGAUGGCUGCGAAGGGUGUGGCGCUGGACCCCAGCGCAUUGCGUCGUUGACUGCGCGCCCGGAGUACGCGGCUGUGUGCCCGUUUCCCGUCCUCCCUGCCCACCUGCGGAUGUCGCCAUCUCGCUUCACCUUCCUGUUUUCGCUCCAGUUGCUUCACCACCGUCAACUGGCGUCGCUGCUCACGGCUGGCUUCUGGUCCGGUCUGCUUCUGCCUUCCGCAGACGCCGCUCGCCAGCCAUCAGCCCGUGACGCGUCCGCGCCACAGCUGCAUCUGCAGAGCUCAGCAGAUCGCGGGGAGGGGCGUCGGCCUGCCGCAGGCGUCCCCGCGACUGCCGGGGGCGAUGCUCCUGCAGGCAGACGCGACAACAGUGAGAACGCAGCUCGCACCCUCCCCUCCGCGGCCGCUGCAGGCGGCAGCGCAGCUGCUCGCUGCUGCUCUCCGCUCGCUUGCUCGUCAUUUCUUUCCGCGCCUCAGGAGGAAGCCGUGAAGGCGGCCCUGCGCACGGUCCUGCUGUCCUUUAGCCGAAUAAGCACGGAAAGUCGCCCAGAACGCGCCGCUAUUGGAAGCGAGUGUGGCCUCGAGAGCGUUGACUCGAAACGCGCCGCAGCUGAGGGGAUGCGAAGGAAUGCGCAGCAAAAGGAAGAAAAUUAUAUUCUCGUCCCUAUCGACGUGCGUCCUGUCGAACACAUACAAGUCGGUCAGCUGCCGUUCGCCCUCCACAUCCCGCUGCCGCAGCUGCGGAGGCAAGUUGAGGCCUUUCGGAAACUUGAGGUGCAAGAGCUGAUAAGAGGCGCCACCCUAGCGCCACACGAUACCGAAUCCGACAGCGAGGACGAGAGUAGUGAGGCGACCAGAUCGCAGGGAGGAGACAGCCAAGACGCCCGCUCGCAGGAAAUUGAGCAGGUUGGAGAGGACCGCGGUGCAGUCGCUGUCGCGGCGGACAGAGGCGACGGAAGUGACAAUCCAGCUUGCACGCCGACGUCUCGCCGCUGCCAGGUCACAUCGCUUCAGCGCUUUGUGCUCCAGCAGCUCCUCGGGUUCUCUCUCGAAGACUUCCAGCCGCCCCGUCGGGCGCUGCCGGCGCACUUACACUUCAUCUGCGUCCUUAUUUGCCGACGCGGGAAUGAUAGCGCCAUUGCGACCAAGCUUCUGGCGAGUUUAGAUGAAGAGUGUGCAUCCGCGGAAAUCAGCACGGACGCACAAAGCCAGUCUGAAGUGCAAGGGAGACGGAUGGCAGCGCAUGGCUCCACGGAUCCGAGCGCUGAGGUUACCAAGAAUUUUAUACCCAGCGUCUCAGUACUCAACCUGACGGGGGGUCUCCUUCAGCUCCAGAGGGAUGGAUUUCUCCCUAUGCCGAUUGUGUAG